AUGCAUAUUAACCUAUUACUACUGGUUUCGUGUUUUUCAUUUGUUUUCUCAGAUAGCUGUUCAAAUUGUGUGAAUUCGGGAAAGCUAUGGUGCUUGCAGAAUUCUCAAUGUGGAGACACCACUUUAGCCUGCAACACUUCUAUAACAGUUCCCCUCAAUUGUCCGAGUCCUCCACAAUACGGAUAUGACGAUGAAUUCAUGAGAUCUGAAAUCAUGGUUCUCACAACUGCAGCUCAAAAUGAAAAUCCUCAAUUGUGCUUUAACAAUCAAAUACCGACUAUGAAGCUGUACAAAGUGACAACUGCAAAUUGUUCAACAGUCUAUAAUGAUGUUACAUGUGUUGGAUAUACUGCUUAUGACACCAAACGGAAAGUUAUUUCAAUUUCCUUCAAAGGGGCACACGGACAGGAUCAGAUCAAGGAAAUGACCGAUAAUUGUGUUAAAUACGGCCUUGAGUCUUAUUACACCGUUACCAAUGGAAUGAUUUUCAAAUGCAUUCAAGACUCUUUCAUGCUCAUUUGGAAUGGUGGAAUGCAGGCGGACUUGCGAUACCUGAAAUACAAAUAUCCUAGUUUUGAACUUUGGGUCAAUGGACAUUCUCUCGGAUCAUCUCUUGCAUGGGCCGCAUCUGCGUGGAUUGUGAACAUUGGAUUGUACAAACCAGAUGAUAUGAAAGUUGUUGUAAUGGGGUCGAUGAGAAUUUCUGAUUACAAUUUUGCAGCUUGGCAUACACAGACGUUCUCCUACAAUUUCCACAUUCUCCAUCGAUCUGAUCCCGUCGCCCACACUCCCACAUUUGUUGCUUCCACUAACACAACGUUGUUUUAUCCCAAAACUGAAGUUUGGUACAACAAUUACAUGAACCAAGGAGACCCAUACCAAGUGUGUCAAGAAGCUGAUGGACCGUUCUGUAGUGGCAGUGUUGACCCGAAAGCUACACAGUAUAUCGAUCAUUUGUACUAUUUUAACAUUGACUUGCCAGGAUGGGGGCACGCGGGAUGUCCCAUGAAUAUCAGUGCUUAUGCACAACCUUGA